GGCCAGUACGCCUCGGGCCGCCGGGCGGAUCGAACGCGAGAAGUCGAGGCUCUCUACGCCGAGCCGCGUCGUUAUCAUCGAGUCGCCGAUCAUCGGAUAAUUUUCGCGCAAAAUCACCAAGAUUCUCUUUCUCGCGAGACCCUCGAGAGAGACACGUGUGUUAUUCGCGACGUGAUUCUGCUCCUCGCGCCAGUGAACUCUGGUUCGUCAACGGGGAUAAUGAGUAACGUGAAUUGUUGAUAUUGUUGAUUUUUCUUGGACGACGAAAAGUCACUUACAAUUAUAUAUUCUCCUGGAGGUCCGCGAAAAACAGGCACGCGUGGCAAAACUUUGAAAAAAGAGGUUGAAUAAGAGAGAGAUUGUUUCGACAAAUAUACAUCUCGAAGAGAUCAGCUUGAGGAAGAGUCGGCGGAUAUGCAGGGCGAAGGGAUGAACCAAAGUGCCCUUCUCGCGUUGCGCAGGUGAUUCGCUGAGAGAUGUCAUCCUGAGUCACCACCAUUCGGGAAACGAAGAUGUGCUGCUCGGGUGAUGGUCCAGGUGGUAUCGCGUUGACCAGAUGCGGCGUCGUAUGCGGCCUCGCCGCCCUCGCGGCCCUCAGCGUCGCCCUUCUGGGCCCGACCUGGCUCCAUACCGAGGAGAAGCUCGCCCUGCCGAAUGUACCGAGAAACUUCGCUAAUGUGGUCAGCGUGAGAUUCAAGCUCGGGCUCUUCAGAGUCUGCCCGAAGAUCGUGAAACCCACUAACUUUACGAUUCACAUCGCCACGCCGGGUUGUAGUUACGUGAGAUACAGCAAUUUGGAGGACGUGAGGCCGCAGGAGUUGGGUUUCAGCCAAUUAGAAUUCACGCCCACGGUCGUCUCAAAAAUACGGAUCUCCGCACCGUUCCAAGUCGCCGCCGCGAUCUUGAUUCUCGCUGCAACAGUGUCUGCUCUGAUCGGCCAUUGUUAUUCCGAUCACAGGACUCUCGUAGCCUGCGGACUCUUUCUCCUAAGCGGACUUUCUUUGGGCGGCGGACUGAUAGUUCUGGCAUCAGCCUUAUCGGACGCGUCACUGGAACUGCCGGGAAAGUACAGCUUGCCGUCUACUGCCGGCAUGCAAAUGGACGAUAACGGUCUACCUCAGUACCACUACGGCUGGUGCCUUCAGCUCUCGGGAUUAGCGCUGAUGCUCGCGGAAGUGGCGGCCGUUUUAACCAUGUCCGGUUACAUGGCGCGCUUUUCCACGGUUGAGGAGAUGGUGAGAGUUAUGGUCCCGGGAGCUGAGAGGAAGCUGAGGGAACAGAGAGGACUCAGCUCGGAAUAUCUCGUGCGGGCGCAUCAGAAAUCGCCGGGACCGCCGCAGGCACGACCCUUCGGUCAACCGGCUAAAACGCCUCAAAAAAUAGCCGAAGAGGGAACGUCGUUGCUCUGCAAGUCGGCGCCCGAUAUCUGCGCGGGCUCGAAUCCGCAGGCCAUCAGUUACGUCGAUAAGGCAGACCUGUCCCACGUCUUGCCGGCCUAUCCGGAUAACAAGGGCAUCGAUCCGCGGUACAACUUCGACAAGACCGAGGGGAGCGUUGUGGAUUCCCGACUGAGCGGCUUCACGGACAAGGAAGGCUUUAUCGACUCUCGGAUCUUGUCCGACUCAAGGCAGAACAUGAUCGCCUUCACGGAUAACAAGGAGUCGGGACAGGAACAGCGAUACACUACCGACUUCUCCGCGAGAAGCGCCGAGAAUCAGGACAUCGUGGAUUCAAGACUGAGCGGUUUCGCUGACAAGGAGGGUCUCCUCGAUUCCAGACUGAGCGGCUACGUCGACAAGAACGAGUCCCUACUGGACACCCCAUUCGGUUACGACACCAGAUACAACAGUCUGGCUGGUCAGACCGUCCCGAUCACCCUGAAGAAUCAAAACACGUCCGUGUCGGCCAUUCAGUCGCAGUACAUAUAUCAAAAUUUCGGGACGAUACACUCGGGCAUUCUCAAGGUAUCGGAACCCGGUACCAGCUCCAGUUCCAAUUCCAGUCAGCGCAGCAUGACCCUGCAGAACCCGAAACGCAAGUCGCAAAUCGCUCAGAACACCUUCAGCACGAUGGAAUGCGAGAGGAAGAAGCGAGCGUCCGGGGGGCUGACUGGCAAGACAAGCUUUUACACCGGAAGUGCUGUAUGACCACCACCCCCGCCUCCGACCCCAAAAUAACUCCAAGAAGAGGAGACCCCACUGUAGCCAAAACUAUUCGGCGCGACUACUUAUUCGAGACGGGUUGGAGGAUACAGAUCGGACAUGCAAGAGAACUGAAAAAGAAGAGAAGAAAGAUUUUCUAUCAGCCAAUUUACAGCAAUGUAUAUGAAAUAAAGAAAACGCGUUCUCGUUUGCGGAUUCCUGCGGUGAAUUUCAAAGGAAGCCAAAGAGUACUAUGAUUACGCUACGCGUCUCGAGAUACAAUUGAUUUCAAGGGCAAAAUUCUUAAAUAUAAUUCGCGUGGAGAUUCAAAUGUAACUUUCCGUCAAUAACAUUGUGGAUAACACACCACGCGAGUCGAAUGAGAGAAGUAAAGAUGAACGAAAUCGAAAUUGCUCUUAUCAUUUUAUAUAGUCAAGGAGUAAAAUAAUGUCUCCGUCACUCGCUGUUAAGAUUUAACUUUAACUCGACACGUAAUCGCGUCUCAGCUGCAUAACCAAUCGAACAAAGCUAUGUAAGGUGCUUUCUUAAAUGGAAUCAGUGUAUUAUCAUUGAUAAGCUAUAGUUUUAGUUGUAAGUAUAACACUGCCAAUAGCGUGAAAUCUCAUUAAAAGUAUUAAUAGUAGUAUCUAGCUCUUUCAAUCGAUGAGAUUUUAAAAUGCAUUUUAUAUUAUAAGAUAAAUAACAAUAUAUUUUGUUAAAAAAAUAUUUGAAUUUGACUGAAAAUAAGAGUCUUCUUCAUUUUUUGUAAUUUUAUUACAUCUUAAGAGUGUAAAGGAAUGUAAUACGUAUGAUUCUGUGAAUUUAAAUACUAGCCAUACGAAAUCUUACAUAAUCAAUAAAAUAAAAAUAAAAAAGAUCAAUAAGAUGAAAGAACAAAGUGUGACUGUUUUCAUUAAAGAUCAGUGAAAAACUCAUUGAUCUUUGGUGAAAUAUCGUCACUGUUUUGAUCACUGACAUUUUCACUGAUUCAAUUUAAGAGAGUGGGAUAUUAAUAUAGUCAAUACGUUGUAAUACAUUUGGUGGUUGAUAUAAUCAAGAUACUCACGAGAGAGAUACUCGGGCGGAUACUCGAUAUUUUUUUUUUCCCUUUAAUAAUAACAAGAAAGAAGAUAUAUGGUCAAUGCGAAAUCAAGUAGUUUUCGAUUUAAAAUUUCUCCUGAUUUCUUUCGGCGAUUUUUACGCGCCUUACAAUUGUAUCAUUAAUCGAGGACAUAUCAGAGAUAAACAUGUUGGUUUCGUUGAUAACGCUACUUGCUGGAAGGUCUCGUAUUUUCAUUUUCAAUCUUUGCCCGCGCUCUUUGCGUUACUUCUUUAUAUAUAAGACGAUAACUCGACAGAUAAAAGAUGUUUUAUGUGCGCCCGCAUAAUUACACGCAUCAAUAUAUUGUAACGUGUAGUUGAAUGUAAUAAAAUAUUCCUUUUCUA